UAGAAGAUUUGUGGGCACAAGAUUGAUCCCUCUCUCUUUCCAAUUCUAAUUUUCAAAUAAUUAAUAAAUCUUUUAAAAAUGCAAUAAACUUAUUUAUAACGCCCUUUUUCACACACUUUUUGAAGUACUCUCAUUAUGUUAACAUCAAAAGAAAUAAACAUAUGCUUUAUGAAACAAAAUAUCAUAAAGAUGUGUUAUUUGAAAAAAAGCACAAAACAGAAAACAGAACAAGAAGAAAAUAUGAGGGGCUGGUGUUGUGGCACAGUAGGCUAAGCCAUCUCUUGAGGCACCAGAAUCCCAAAUGGGCAAAAGUUUGUAUCCUGGUUGAUCUUGUUCCAAUCUAGCUCUCUGCUUAUGACCUGGGAAAACAGUGGAAGAUGGCCCAAAGGCUUGGGCCUCUGCAACCACAUGGGAGACCUGGAAGAAGCCCCUGGCUUCAGAUUAGCCCAGCUACAGCGGUUGUGGCCAUUUAGAGAGUGAGCCAGUGGAUAGAAGAUCUCUCUCUCUCUCUCUCUCUCUUUCUUUCUCUCUCUGUGUAUGUGUGUCUGUCUGUCUAUAACUUUGCUCUCAAAUAAAUAAUCUUUAAAAAAAAUAAAAAAAGGGAAGACAUGAAGAAAAUUUAAAGUGACAGAAUAAUAUGGAACUGAAAAUAAUAUUUUGUCCAUCCUUAUUCUGUAUUUCCUGGUAUUUAGUGUACACAUUUUGAAAUGUUUACUUAAAAAUGUUAAAUGGCAUUGAUAAUAAAUAAGACUAUAACCUAGAUGAAAUACAAAGCUACCUAGGCAGAAACUGCAGAGCAGUAAAAGUAAAGUUUAAAGUAAAUGAUGUUUGACACGCCUGUAAACCCAACUAGUCUCCAGAUUCUCAUCUUCAUCAUUUCUCUCAUUUCCUUUUGGUCUAAUUAAUCAAAAUCCUUCAUUUCUGGCCAGUGUGUCUUCCUGAAUAUGAAUAAGAAAUAAAAUACCAUUUGAUGUUUGAAAUUAUGGGGGUAAUCUCAAUGACGGAAAUGGAUGACCAUGGAAAGGGAAGAGAACGCCUGAUUAAAUAUAUUCAUGAACAUGUCAAAGGUUUAUAAAGCCAAUGUGUGCAAAAGAGAAAACCGCAAGAUUGCGGACUUUCUCUGGUCAGGUGUGUUUCCUGCAUCCAUCACCACCAUGGACAGCAAGUGGUCACGGAGGACAGCAGGGUCACUCCUGCUGCUGCUGGUGUCCAACCUGCUCCUAUGCAAGAGCACAGCCUCCCUGCCCAUCUGUCCCAGUGGAGCCGUCAACUGCCAAGUGUCUCUCCGGGAUCUGUUUGACCGUGCAGUCAUCCUGUCUCACCACAUCCACAAACUCUCCUCAGAGAUGUUCAAUGAAUUUGAUAAACGGUAUACCCAGGGCAGAGGGUUCAUCACCAAAGCCAUCAACAGCUGCCACACUUCUUCCCUCUCUACACCAGAAGACAAGGAGCAAGCCCAACAGAUCCAUCACGAAGACCUUCUGAACAUGGUCCUCCGAGUGCUGCGCUCCUGGAAUGACCCACUGUAUCACCUGGUCACAGAAGUGCGUGGCAUGCAAGAAGCCCCUGAUGCUAUCCUAUCUAAAGCCAUAGAGAUUGAGGAACAAAACAGGCGACUUCUUGAGGGCAUGGAGAAAAUAGUCGGCCAGGUUCAUCCUGGAAUCAAAGAGAAUGAAAUCUACUCUGUCUGGUCAGGACUUCCCUCCCUGCAGAUGGCUGAUGAAGAUGCCCGCCUUUUUGCUUUUUAUAAUUUGCUCCACUGCCUACGCAGAGAUUCACAUAAGAUAGACAACUAUCUCAAGCUCCUGAAGUGCCGAAUCAUCUAUGACAGCAAUUGCUAAGUCCACACCAAUUCCAUUUCUAAGAUGGUUCUCAACCAACCCAUAGCAAGCUUCUUCUAGUUUUAUAGCUUUUUUGCACAUGCUUGGGGUGAAAGGGACUUUCUCUUAAAAAAAUAAAAAGAAUCUAUAUAUAUCAAAAUCUAAAAAGUUUGUCAAAGUUUCUUCUCUAAAUUUAAUAGAAAGUCAAAGAAAAGUCAUUGUUAUCAUUGAAAUGUUCCUAUCAAAUUUUGUCACAAAUAACAGAAGUUAUCCUUGCACUAAAGGAAUCACGGUAAAUUUUUGUGAGUCAAGUCAUUAGAAUUAACAAGUUAGAUGACAUUUAAUCAAGAUAUUUCUGCUACAAGAAGAUUGGAGUGUUCAGGAUUCUUUAGGAGAGUCAGCUGUGUUCUGUGAGCUGACUUUCAUGAUGCUAUGACACACAGUGAAAGUUCUCUGCAACUGCAAUGCCCACAGAUAACAUGAGGUUUACUGAAUAGUCUAAAAACCAUUAGGACAUACACAUGAAUUGGCACUGUUGAUCUCUACUAGCUGACUUCAACUCUGCUCUACCCAGUUUCCACCUCCUCAGCAUCACCAUGGACACACUGCAUGUAGUGCACUCUAACAAGUCCAGUCCAGUCAAGUUUUAAGUCCCUCUCACAUUAAAAUCAUUUAAUAAUUUCCUCUCCCACUGUGGGUGCUUUCCAAGGUUCCUAGUGGAGUCCCUCAAGCAAAC